AUGAACGGCGAGAUGAUUGAGAACGCCAUCAGGAGUGGGAAGAUCGAUGCUGGAGAGAGUAACAGAAGAUCAGCCUCGAGGAGGAAGGAGAGUGAGGUGAACAACACGAGCAUGUACAACAAGGGCUACUCGAAGUCAGUAACAGUGAGUCAGCCAGGAAAGACGGCUGCCAAUCAACAAAGCUCGUCGAGACAGGAGCCCCCGUACCCCAAAUGGUACGACGCAAAUACACAGUGCGACUAUCAUGCGGGAAUCACGGGGCAUUCUAUAGAAAAUUGUACCGCCUUCAAGAAGUUAGUUGAAAGACUCAUUGGUAUGGGUGUCGUUAAAUUUGAUGAAGCCACCAAAGUAGAAAAUCCAUUACCCAACCAUACUGACAGCGGAAUAAAUAUGAUGGGCGAGGACAGAAAAAUCAGGGCAGACAUUGCGGACGUGAAGACUUCCUUGAGAUGGGUCUGGAAAGAGAUGGUGAAAAGGGGGCUAAUAGUUUCGAGAGAAAACUAUGAGAAGAGGAGGAAUUACUGUGAGUUCCACUACGAAAUGGGGCAUGAAAUCCAAGAGUGUACGGAGUUCAGAGCCGUGGUACAGGGUAUGAUGGAUAACAAGGAGAUGGAAUUUUGUGAGGGGGUUCAGAAGGAAAGUGAUGUAUGCGCAUCAGAGUUGGCGUUGGGGGUCCCGAAGGUUAACCGCCCUAUGGUCAUCAUCUCGCGACCUCAGAACAGUGAGGUUGGGGCACGAACAACACCAAGAGUAAUCAUUCAAAAACUGACCGUGUUUACUUACAAAGAUAACAGGAGGGUUCCUUGGAAUUACGAUUGUAAUGUGACAAUCCCGGGGAAGGAGGAUGUAAUCAAUAGAGAGAAGCAGGAUGAAGGAAGGCACCACGAACAGGUGAAGGCUCGAGUAGAGCCAAUAAGAGAAGAAACUUCGAUUGGGAAGAAGAAGAAGACGGUUGAACCCGAAUUGUUGGUCAAUGAACCAAUCAAUGAGGAGGAAGCUAGAGAGUUUUUGAAGUUCAUCAAGCAUAGCGAGUACAGCGUUGUGGAUCAGCUGCACAAACAACCUGCUCGCAUAUCUGUGCUAGCUUUACUCCUGAACUCGGAGGGACAUCGUAAUGCACUACUGAAGGUGCUAAAUGAAACUUAUGUGGCCGAUGAUAUCUCUGUUAACAAGUUGGAUCGACUAGUCGGUAAUAUAAGCGCUGAUAAUUUCAUCUCCUUUAGCGAUGAUGAAAUACCACUUGGGGGUAUGGGAUCUACUAGAGCUUUACACAUCACUGCAAGGUGUAAAGGAUGCAUAUUGCAGGGAAUUCUGAUAGACAAUGGAUCGGCAUUAAAUGUAUUGCCCCUGUCCACACUCAACAGGCUACCUGUGGAUAGCUCGCAUAUAAAAUCGUGUCAGAAUGUGGUGAGAGCAUUUGAUGGCACCGAGAGGAAAGUCAUGGGAAGAAUUGACAUACCCUUGUUAAUUGGCCCAACUGUCUAUGAGGUAGACUUCUUGGUUAUGGACAUCAAGCCUUCUUACAGUUGCCUAUUAGGAAGGCCGUGGAUUCAUUCAGCAGGUGCGGUACCGUCAUCGUUACAUCAAAAACUGAAGCUGGUGUCAGAGGGCCGGGUAGUGACGAUAGAUGCUAAGGAGGAUAUCAUUGCAUCUGUGACUAACGAUGCGCCUUAUUUGGAGAUGAGGGAUGAUGCAAUCGAGUGCUCUUUCCGUUCCUUGGAAUUUGUAAAUGCAACAUUCAUCCUGGAGGGAAGCAAGAUCCCGAUGCCGAGAAUAUCAAAGACCACAAGGAUGGGUCCACUGGCCCGACGAUGGGAAGGGAGUUUUGCGAAAAAGGAUUGGAGAAGUAUCUUGAGGCCAAGUUGA